UACGUCAAUGAUGAAUCCUGUCAUUGAAACUUUAGUCGGAAUUUUGAUAGAGUGCUAAUUUCAAUUCCUUGCAAUUCCUAAUCAUUUCCAGAAAAUAUACGAUUUACGAGAUUAUAUGUGAAAGUGAAAUUCUAAUAAUCACGAAAAUUCCAUUUCCUGUUUUGUAAACAAAAAAUAACGUGGAAUGAUAUAAACUUUUCGCCAACUGUCAGAAUUGAUUUUGUCCAAGUUUUUCAAAAGAAAAUGAAUACUACACUUCAGGGAAACUUCUUAUUCCUUUUCCUAAAUAAUUCUAUGCUAAAUGAGACUUCGGAUAUCAAUCAAGGUCAAGAUGUAUCUGGCAUGGCAAAGAAAAUGAAAAUUGCACAAGUAGUUGUUCUCAUAAUUGCAUUUCUCGGAAUAUUUGAAAAUUCUAUAUCGAUACUUGCAUUGAAAAAAUCGAAAGAGCUUCGAAAUCCAACAACUACAUUUAUCAUAAAUCUUUGUGUUGCUGAUUUACUUUAUUGCGUCUCUAAUUUAAUUACCUACUUAAAUCAUGAGUGGAACAAAAACUAUUAUAUUUGCCGUUGGAAUACAAUGGCAAAAUACUUCUUUGCUGGCGAAUCAGUAUACCUAAUUGUAGGAAUUACUAUCAAUAGAUUUAUCUGUGUUGUUCAUCCCCAGGUCUAUCGCUCAAUAUACAGGCCCAUAUCUCUAACUUUUCAGAUUGUUUUUACAUGGUUCUACGCAUUAUUUUUGGCGAGUCUACCAUUCUUUGAAGUGUGGGGAAAAUAUGGUUAUGAUGUUAAUGUAGGAUUGUGCACAAUUUUAAAAGUCAACGGUAAAUCAGCGAGUAGUUUCCUUUUUAUAACAGCUUUUGUAAUUCCAACAACAGUCUUCACAGUUUGCUAUCCUUUAAUUUUUCGGGUCACCCAUAAAGCAUAUAAGAGAGCAAGAAGAUCUAAUCGUUUGAGAACUACAGCAACAUUGAAUACAACUUCAGCAGAAGAGAACAGCAGAGGGAAAAAAACUUCUUAUCGUGCAGACGCUAAGGAGAUGAAAAUUCUAAAAGUCAUGUUGGUUGUCGUGGUGGCAUAUAUACUCUGUUUUUUUCCGAUAGCAUUUGUUAAGAUAUCCGGAAAAGAUGCACAGAUGCCAACUUUCGUACUUUUUGCCUAUUUUGCCGUAAAUGUGUCGAAUGUAAUUAAUCCUAUUAUAUAUAUUCUGAUGAGUGCUGAGUACAGGAAAGCAUACCUAGAGUUAUUCAAGUGUAGAAACAAUUUCCUUGUAUGGUCAACCUCAUCGAAUGCUGAACUAAUUAGAACCUAAUUGCUUGAUGUGAUUUUAUAAACUAGUACAAAAUCUAUUUUUCAGAUAGUUUUUACAUGGUUCUACUCAUUAUUUUUGACGAGUUUACCAUUCUUUGAAGGGUGGAGAAAAUAUGGUUAUGAAGUUACUGUAGGAUUGUGCACCAUUUUGAAAGUCAACUGCACAUCAACGAGUAGUUUUCUUUUUACAUCAGCAUUCAUAAUUCCAACAACUGCCUUCGAAAUUUGCUAUCCAUUAAUUUUUCGGGUAACAUUUAGGAGAGAAAAAUGAGAUUUAAUUGCUUGAAAACUUCAGCAACAUUGAUUACAGCUCCAGAAAAAGAAAAUGACAGAGGAAAGAAAAACGUUACAUCGUGCAGACGUUAAAGAACUGAAAAUUCUAUAAGUUAUGUUUGUUGUCGGAAAAGAUUCACAGAUGCCUAUUUUCAUACUUUCUGACCACCUUCCCGCAAACAUGCCUCAUUUAAUUACUCCUAUGAUAUAUUUUCUGAUGAGUGCUGAGUACAGGAAAGCAUACAUAGAGUAAUUCAAAUGUAGAAAAAAUUUCUUUGUUUGGCCAACCUCAUUUAGUGCAGAACCAAUUAGAGCAUAAUUGCUUGAUGUAAUUUUAUAAACUUAUACGAAAUCAAUGUGAUACUUAUGCAAUAUAUUUAUAAGGUAAUGUUUAAAAUUUUGAAUAACAUGGCCAUGUCUUUUGCAAUAUUCAUUGCUACUUAACUGUAGAAUAUGAUAACUGUUUUGUACAUAAUAAAGUAUUAUUUAUUUAAAAUAGA